AUGUUGUCCAAUCAGGUUCGUGUGCGCGAGGGGCGAAAUCACAGUCGUUUCCGUGUGCAGUGUGAAGGCGGCUUGAGGUGUCAGGUGGCCCGUGCAGAGACGGAGCGCACCCUGCAGCGUGAGCGUGAUCAGCGAUCUGAAGAGAAGUGGGCAUCAGAAUCCAGCUCGCAGCGUGACACAAUCCAGUCACUUUCUCAGAGGCUCAGUGAGGCCGAGACCCGUGCCAACAGCUUGGAGAAUGAGUGGCACAGAUCCACUAUGGGUGUGGCUGAGAAGAGCGCUCUGCUGGAGACGGCAGCUCGCGGACAGGAACAGACCCGUGCACGGCUUCAGGAGCUAGAGGGGAUGCUGCAGAGCGAGCGUGAUCGGGUGAGCCGUGCGACGGCUAGACACGAUGCCAUGCAGGAGAGGCUGGCACAGGCACAGAGCGAAGGUGCUUUGCUCAGGCAACAGUUGGAGGAGGCACAGAACAGGGGCACAGCCAAGGAGCAGGCUGUUACAAACGCGCAGGAGUGCUUCACUCAAGCUCUCAACCAGCUACGUGCCAACGGUGAGGAGAGAGUGCAGCUGGUUGAGGAGAGGAGCAAAGAGCUGGCAACCAAAAAUUCAGAGCUCAGAGAACAAAACUACAGACUAGAGCAGGAGAAAGCUGAUAGAGAGAGUACUGUGAGGCAGCUUCAGCAGGAACUGGCUGACUCUCUAAAGAAGCUGGCCAUGUGUGAGGCAUCUCUAGAGGUGAACGCUCGGUACCGCAGCGACCUGGAGGAAGAGAAAACACGCAGUCAGAAGGACAUAGACAGACUCAAGGGAAAGCUUCAGGAGAGUGAGGAGCACAACCUUCAGGUGGAAAGGUGCAUUAACAUCUUGACGGGCACUUUGGAGGAGAAGGAGCGCGACCUCGUCAGCACUGGUCAGAAACUCCGGGAGGUGCUCACUGUUGCAACCGAGGCAGUGCAGAGGUUCUCUUACCACUGCUAUGCUGAUGAUACUCAACUCAUCUUCUCUUUCCUGCCCUCAUCAAUGGAGGUUAAACUGUUUGUUUACACUUAG